ACGUUCACACACCAGAUGAGGACCAAAUCCAAGCACAUGCCAUGCAUGGGCGGAUGCAUGUGGAGGGGAGUGGGGGCACAGGACCCCACUAAAAAAAUAAAAAAAUACUAAUGUGUUUAUAGUUAUUAAAAAUUUGAGAGAGUGCCCCCGUCAAAUUUUCAUAUAGGCCCCCUCUUAUUUUUUUUUCUUUUUUUAUUAUUUCCUUUUUUAUAAAAAAUUAGGGUAAGAAUGUUUUUAAGUAUCCGCCGCUAUAGUUUUACUUUUUGUUUAAUUUUUUUCAAUUUAAAAUCCUUUUCUAAUUAUACUUUGAUAGGUUUUCUAAUACCAAAUUACUUUGCAAAAACACAAUUAUAAAAAUCGUCAUCUCUAUUGUUUCUCUUUGUUUUCAUCUAUUUUUUAAAUCAUCCAUCUAUUUCUCAAUUCUCUAAAAACAUCCUUAAAUCUGAUACUUAAUCAUAUAAAAAGCAAAGAACAACCAAAUUAAAAGAGAAAUCAAUGGAUAAAUUUCUCAAGAGAAAUUUUGCAUCGAUGUCUCAAGAUAGAGGUAAAGCUUCAAUCGACAAUACAUCAAAUUCUCAGGUUAGACCCUCAAUACCUGAGCAAAUUGAUUUACAUGAUUUGCCUUCGGAUCCGGCUGAUAGAAAAAAAAUAUUAGAGUAUCAUCCUAAUCAAAGAGAUGAGAUACGACGCAAAUAUUUGAUUAGGGGACCUUGUCAACCACGUGGUCAUGACUUUCCAAAGAAGAUGAUAGGGAAUAAAUUGAGACGAUUUAAUCCAGUCUGGUUUGACCAAUACGCUGAUUGGUUAGAGUAUAGUAUAAAGAAAGAUGGAGCAUUUUGUUUGUGCUGUUACUUGUUUAGAGAGCAAAUUGGGAAUGAUGCUUUUCAAAUUGGGAAUGAUGCUUUUGUGACAGAUGGGUUUUCUAGUUGGAAUAAGACCGAGAGAUUGAGCGCUCAUGUGGGUGAUGUUAAUAGUUUUCAUAAUAAUGCACGAAAGAAAUGUGAUGAUUUGAUGAGGCAAGAUCAAUCUAUCGUGCAUGCUAUGCAGAAGCAAAGUGAUAUUAUGAGAAACGAGUAUCGUAUUCGGUUGAAUGCCUCGAUUAGUUCUUCUAGAUUUCUGUUGAAACAAGGGCUACCGUUUCGAGGUCACGAUGAGUCAGAAAAUUCUGAUAAUAAAGGAAAUUUUCUGGAACUUGUGAAGUAUACUGCAGAACAAAAUGAUAUUGUGAGUAAGGUUAUUUUGAAGAAUGCUCCGGGAAAUAGUCAGAUGGUUUCUCCAACAAUACAGAAAGAUAUUGCACAAUGUUUUGCAGAACAAAUAACCCAAGAUAUAAUUCAGGAGAUUGGUCAUGAUGUAUUUGGGUUGCUGGUGGAUGAGUCUAGUGAUGUUUCUGAUAAGGAGCAGAUGGCAGUUGUUUUUCGUUUUGUUGAUAAGAACGGAAUAGUGAAAGAGAGAUUCAUUGAGCUUAUUCAUGUGAAAGAAACAUCUGCUUUAUCUCUGAAGUCUGCUAUUGAUUCCUUGUUUGCUAAAUAUGGAUUGAGCUUAAAACAAGUUAGAGGACAAGGGUACGAUGGAGCAAGCAAUAUGAAAGGAGAAUUUAAUGGAUUGAGAUCAUUGAUUUCAAGAGAAAGUAGAGCAGCAUAUUAUGUCCAUUGUUUCGCUCACCAACUUCAAUUGGUCGUUGUAGCAGUUGCAAAGGAACUCUUUGAUGUUGGAAACUUUUUCGAUAUGAUUUCACUUUUGUUGAGUGUGGUUGGAGGUUCUUGCAAAAGAAAAGACAUGAUUCGAGAAAGCCAUAGAAUAAAAGUGAACGAAGAAAUUAAUAAUGGCGAGAUUAGUACAGGAACUGGGUUGAAUCAAGAUAUUACUUUGCAGAGACCUGGAAAUACUCGUUGGGGGUCCCAUUACAAAACACUGUUGCGCUUGGUUGAGUUGUUUUCUUCUAUCAUUGAGGUGCUAGAGUAUGUUGAGAAUGACGGUACAGAUACAGUUAAAAGACGUCAAGCCUAUGGUCUUCUCAAAUAUUUCCACACAUUUGAUUUUGUGUUCUAUCUACAACUGAUGUUACUCAUUCUAGGACUCACAGAUAAUUUAUCAAUGGCUUUACAGAGAAAAGAUCAAGACAUUUUGAAUGCCAUUUCGUUGGUAAAAUCUACAAAGAGACAGUUACAACAACAAAGAGACGCUGGAUGGAAUUUGCUUUUAGAUAAUGUGUCUUCUUUCUGUGAGAAACACAAUAUUGAAAUAAUCAAUAUGGAGGAAGAUUAUGUGGGUUCAAGGAGGCUAAGGAAAAAACCCAGUAUAAGCAACUUGCAUCACUAUCAGAUAGAUUGUUUCUAUACUGUUAUGGAUUUCCAGCUUCGAGAAUUCAAUGAUCGAUUUGACGAGGUAAAUUCAGAACUGCUCAUCUGUAUGGCAGCUUUGAGUCCUAUUGACUCAUUUCGUGGGUUUAACAUGCCAAAUCUUGUGAAAUUGGCUGGAUUUUAUCCAGAUGACUUCAGUUUUUCGGAGCAAGUAUCUCUUCGACAUGAACUGAGUAUCUACUUCGACAAUCUGAUGGAAGAUGACAGAUUUUCUAAUUUGGUUAAUCUUGGAGAUCUUGCUCGUCUUAUGGUGGAAACAAAGAAACAUCUUUCAUAUCCAUUGGUAUACAGGCUUUUGAAAUUGGCAUUGAUUUUGCCUGUUGCUACCGCGACUGUUGAGAGAUGUUUUUCAUCGAUGAAUUUUGUGAAGACAGCUUUGCGCAACCGGAUUGGUGAUCAAUUUUUGAGUGACUGUUUGGUUUGUUUCAUUGAAAAAGAUAUAUUCCAGACAGUUACAAAUGAAGCUGUUAUGGAUAGAUUUCAAAAAAUGAAGACUCGUAGAAAUCAGUUGUAAAAUAUAAAUAUUUUUAUGAUAAUACAAUUUUAUUAUUUUUUCUAUCAUACAUAAUACUGUGCCCCCGGUAUAAAUUUUUUCUGGAUACGCCACUGAUGCCAUGCCACGGCCUUCACCAUUCUCAUACGC